CGGCGGGGGCCUAGGGUCGCCAUGAAGCUGACGCGGAAGAUGGUCCUGUCCCGGGCCAAGGCUUCGGAGCUGCGCAGCGUGCGGAAGCUCAACUGCUGGGGCAGCCGUCUCACAGAUAUUUCCAUAUGCCGGGAAAUGCCCAGCCUGGAGGUGGUCACCCUCAGCGUCAAUGGCGUCUCCACCCUGGAGCCCAUGAGCCGCUGCCAGCACCUGAGCGAGCUGUACCUGAGGAGGAACUGCAUCCCCAGCCUGGCCGAGCUGUUCUACCUGAAGGACCUGCCUCACCUGCGUGUGCUAUGGCUGGCCGAGAACCCGUGCUGUGGUGCCAACCCCCACCACUACCGCAUGACUGUGCUGCGCAACCUGCCCAGCCUCCAGAAGCUGGACAACCAAGCUGUGACCGAAGAGGAGCUGUCCCGUGCCUUGAUGGAGGGAGAUGAUAUCACUGCUGCCCCGGGCAGUGAGGACAGCAGUGGCCCCAAGCCGUCUUAUGUGCUGAGCUGCGCCAGCUCCACCGCUGACCCUGUCCGGGACCCACUGAGCUGCAGCGAGGAGGAGGCAGACAGCCUCCAGAGCCAGAUGGUCCUGAAGGCCCCUUCCCGGGACCGGUUUCCUUCCUUCUCUCAGAGGGAUGCUCCCAGCAGCUGCAAGAACAAAAACGUCCUGACUGCCAUCCUGCUGCUGCUGAAGGAGUUGGACACUGAGGGGCUGGAGGUUGUGCACCAGACUGUGGGCAGCCGGCUGCAGGCCCUGCACAAACAGGAGCUACAGGAGGAGAUGGAGUGACUGCCAGUGGUCUGGAGCCACCAGGCUAUCCAUGCAGACCCAGCAUCUUCCCCCUUGCUCCCAGGGAAGGGGGUAGUGGCCUGCCAUGGCCCCAGCCUCCACCUGCACUUUCAGCAUUGUCCUUUGGAAGCCUCAGCCCCAUCCAGGAGAGGCUCCACCUCGGUUUGCCACACUGGCCAAGGGCAGGAGGGGCGUCAGACACUGGCUGAUCAGCCUGGCUCCUGUGUCUGCGGCUUAGGAGGAGCCUCAGCCACACCAGGACUGGCUGGGAACUCUCCUGUGAUUGGCAGGGUCUGGGCUCGACUUGGUUCUUCUUAAAGUAGGGCUUUGCGGGCUGUCCUCCCUAAUAAAGUAUUUUUCCAAGCCCUGGAA